AUGGGUGAGUCGAGCGACGUGCCGUGGUGGGAUGAUGGGAGCCUUGAUCUGGGGAGUAUUUGCAUCCCUCAGGAAUUUGUGGAAAACGCCAGUUCUGAGUACAGCUUUGAGUUGCCGCGUAAUUGGCCCUCGGAUGUGCAGGAUUUCACUCUAGGGCUAGAUUUUAUUGAUCCAUCUCUUGUUGGGCGCUCCCCGGAUCCAGCUUUGCAGAACUUUGAAGCUCAAGCCAUGGGAGGAGACAAUUCGGUCGCCAAGUCUCGAAUACUCCGUUUGCGAUGUUACAGACGACUGGGGCCUACUGCAGCCGCGCCUGGUGUACGGAGGCUCUUUGUAGCAGUUCAGCCAUUUCCAACUUUGCCAGUAGGUCAAGGGAGAGAUGACUCAAGAACAGAAUCAUCCCCCGGUGGGCUUUCUACAUCUACACCACGAUCUACCUGGUCAGAAUAUAAUGACCUCUUUGAUUCACAAGCUCAGAGACCGCAUUCGCUCAUUCUUCCCAUCAUUCUCGACGUCUUCUUCGAUCAUUUCGGUGGACAUUUCCCUUUUCUUCAAAAGCGUGUUCUCAAUUACCACGUGAAGACGGGGGAAGCCUCCAGCUUUCUGUUGAAUGCAAUCUCGGCUUUGACCGCACGCUUUUGUCCCCUAGAUGGCCCGUUAGCAAUUCUCAAGGAUAGGUUCAAGAGCAAAUGGCGACAGGGAGCCCCUUUCUUAGCGAAAGCAAAGGACCAACUGGCUUCGCUUCUUAGCAUUCCAGCCUCUGAUGUUGUGGCUGGAUUGGUCAUUAUGGCCUGGGUUGAAUUUGGAGACAACAACGAAGCAGGAAUGUGGAUGUAUUCGGGGAUGGCAAUUAGAAUGGCACAGGAUCUUGGUCAUCAUCGUCGACUCGAGGCAGUCGCUGACCCUGCUCAAGUAUUUCGCGACUUUUCGAACACAACUGGCGAUCUCAACUUGACAGAUGAACAGGCGGCACUUCACCAACACAAGGCCUCAUUAGUCUUGUUCUGGACUGCGUUCAGCUUGGAUGUCUAUGUGUCACUUGUCACUGGUCGACCCACCACUCUUCAGAGAAAUGAAAUCGACGCUCCAAUUCCAUCGGCAGAAGAUAUGAAUGUGACACAACUUGAAUGGAGCAACUCGGAUCCAAUGAGAAACAGGAUAUUCCCCGAGGUUGUUGCAUUCAUGCUGCAUUUUUCGGAGUCUCUUAAAAUAUUGAACCGAAUGACGACCAUGAGCACUGCGAGCUUGGACGGCGACGAAAAUCUUCCCUAUUCCUCAUUGAGGGAAUUCUCUCAAGUUAGAUCGAAUCUUUUGGCACGUUACAAAUCACUCCCUCGUCAGCUCACCUUCGGGGCGGACACAUACAAGAAGUCAUUAGCCAGCAACCAAAGUGGGCUAUUCAUCACUCUUCACCUCUUCUUCUACACCUUCAUCAUACUGCUGUCACGCAAAGAUCCAUGCAGCACUAGACGGGUAUUGCAUGAUCCUUCUGAUGAGUCGUUUCAGCCAUCCUGGAACCAAGACCAAACGGAUAUGAGUACGUUGCAGGGAGCACAACUAGAGGAGCAGCAAAAUUUGGAAAUAUCUAGAAUGGCUUGCCAAAAAAUGUCACAUAUUUUGACAGUUGCAGACGUCGUUCAGAAAACUGGCUACUUGGCGUCGCCUUUCACGAACCAUUGCUUCUUUGUCGCAGCAUCAUCAAUUUUGCAUGAUGAAUCGAAGCUGGGCCAGGUGGGAUUCCGAGAUAGUUUUAUGUCGUCAACUACGGAGAAUGACUUUGAUCUGUUCAACGACAAGCUUAGGGAGCAGAGUGAGUAUUUUCGAGCUAUUGGGUCCGUGCUCUCAACUCUGAUGCAGCGGAAGAAUCUUUCGGCAGGUGAAGACGAUGGUGGACAGUCAACGGGUGAUGAGGACGGUGAUAACACUUUGGGGAGGGUUGUGGAGGAUCCUGGAAUUGUGACGCGGUAUUCUAUACGGUGA